GAUAACCAUAAUAUUGUUUGGCGAUGUAAAAUACGUCAGGGUGUAUUACAAUUUACAGGAACUGUUUAAAUGAUAUUAAAAUCCAUUAAUCUGUUCAGUAGCAUAUCUCAUAUUAGAUCUGUCAUAAAUAUGUCCAGUUGUAUAAAUUAUGUGCAAGUAGCUAAGGAAUGUAUUCCUGAACUGUCUACUACCCGGCAUAAAGGUCAAGCCGGUAGAAUAGGAGUCAUUGGGGGUUCCUUAGAAUAUACAGGUGCUCCAUAUUUUGCAGCAAUAAGUGCUUUAAAAGUCGGUGCUGAUCUAGUUCAUGUAUUUUGUCCCAAAGACGCUGCUCCAGUAAUUAAAUCUUACAGCCCUGAAUUGAUUGUACAUCCUUUGUUAGAUUCUUUACAAGCAGUAAGCGAAAUAUCAAACUGGCUGACAAGAUUGCAUGUCUUAAUUGUGGGCCCUGGCCUGGGUUUAAAUGAAAAAAUAUUUAAUGUAGUUACAGAAGUUGUUAAAGAAUGCAAAAAAUUAAACUUGCCCUUAGUAAUUGACGCAGAUGGUUUGCAAUGGGCUAAGAUGAACUCCAUGGUUUUGUAUGACUAUAAAAAUGUUAUUAUGACCCCAAAUGCAGCAGAAUUUAAGAGAGUCUUUGCAAGUGAUGAAGUUGUUUUUGAAACAGCUAAGAGAUUGUUUGGAACUGAGCUUGUAAUAAUGCAGAAAGGUCUCAACGAUGUGUUAUUUGAUAUGAGAACUAAUUCAAAAAUUAUUGUAAACACUGGAGGUAGUGGAAGACGGUGUGGGGGACAAGGAGAUUUACUCUCUGGUGCCCUCGCAACAUUUUUUUGUUGGACUUUGCAUUAUAUUAAAGAAAAUAACUGCAAAGAAGAUGCAAAUCUGCCUGCGAAAGCGGCUUGUGCUGCUUCUUCAACUUUAAUUAAAUUAUGUAAUACAGAGGCAUUUAAAGAAUAUGGUAGGAGUAUGACUUGUAGUGAUAUGAUUAAAUAUAUUUCUAAAAUUUUUAAUAGUGAGUUUGAGCGAAGAUGA